UAUUCUUUAUUUUUGUCUUCGCUUUUAAAUUUUUUGCUGUGGGGAGGAUGGCUUCUAUGCUUUACAGAAGGAAACCAAGUUGCAGGUAUUCUUUGUCGAAGUCUUAUGUUCGAGAAGCCAGUUGGAGAACAUGCUCUGCAACAGCACGUUUUCAAACAAAUAUAUUUAACCACGGGAAUUGAGCCCUAUAGCGACUGCAAAAAUAGGUGCCUCAUGGAAAAUACCUGUGUGUCCAUGAACGUCGGUCCACCCAGCAAGAAUGGACUCAGGGUCUGUCAACUAAGUGAUUCUGAUCACAUUCAACAUCCAGAUGACCUGAAACCCCGAGAAGGAUACCAGUAUUGGGCUACAAAGAAUCCAUGUUCAAGCAGCCCUUGUCUUCAUAAUGCAACCUGUCUAAAUAGGUUCACAGAUGAGAGAUACAUUUGCUUGUGUCCAGUUGGUUUCAAGGGAAAAAAAUGUGAAAGAAAAGCGUUUAAAGCAAUUUUUACAAAUCUCAAUGCCACUGGAAGAUAUGGUCCAACAACGCUGGGCAGUCACUACACAGGUCAGGAUCAUGACGGACAAGUUACACUGUCCAACGGUAUUCAACAAUGGACUGUGCCGUACACUGAUGACUACAAAAUAAAAGCGAUUGGAGCAGCAGGAGGGUACGAUUCAUACCUUAACAGCCGUCAAUACCGUGGAAGAGGAGCAAGAAUAGUUGGAGAAUUCCGUUUAAACGAGGGUGAAGUUAUCCAGAUACUUGUUGGUCAAGAAGGAGAAAUAAACAAGAGGAAUGAAUCAUCUGGAGGUGGUGGAGGUACAUUUGUAGUGAGAGGAGCCGACACGCCUUUGAUAAUAGCUGGAGGCGGAGGAGGGAUAGAUUCUGCACAGUCAAGACAUGCAGGAUGUGACGCCAGCACAAAUACAACAGGGAAUCUAGGAUACGAUUCAUGGUCAGGGGGGAGCAAUGGGCAUGGUGCGCAGACUGCUGAUGAUGGUAACUCAGGUGGCGGUGGUGGCGGGUUUUACUCCAGUGGAAGAAACGGAGAGAAUUUCAAUGGAACCAAGGGAGAGGGCGGAGAAGGCGGUAAUGGAUUUCUUCAGGGAGGGGAGGGUGGGAGAUCACUGCAUCACAACGUUGUUGGUGGGUUUGGUGGAGGAGGUGGAGCUCAUGGAUGGGCAGGAGGAGGAGGAGGAGGAGGGUACUCUGGGGGAAGUAGUGGAAGUGGUAGUCAUGAUAGCUGUGGGGGAGGGGGUGGCUCUUACAACGAUGGAAAGAAACAGAAGAAUGAAUGUUGUUAUAACAGGGCUGGUCAUGGUAAGGUGAUUAUCACGUUGCCGUAAAAAAAAAAAAUUGACUACGUGUUAUCAUACAAAGUGAUUAUGAGGUAAGGGUUCAUCUCUGUUUGACUGGCAUUCUAAUUGUUCUUGUUUAUAGCCCAAAGGUAAAUAGAGCUCUUAGGAUAUGAAAUAAUGUAGAAAAUUUGUUUUUCAGAAAUAGUCCCGCUCGGUAUACUUUUUCACUAAGGUCACGCAGAAAGAUGACGUAGUCGCAUGGACGAGACAUCCCAAAGUGUAAUUUUACGGAGCAAUUGCAAUGAGAAACAAAUUGCUGACGAUUAUAUCUUCUGAAAGCUUUGGCUGUUUGUUCAUACACCGUCUUUAUUUCAAAACUUUACUGACCUUCCUCUGCUGAUCCUCAAGAAGAUUAGUAAAGAUUUGAGUUUCAGCAGUAAUGACUGACCCUGUCACACUGGAUUAGUUUGGUUUUUCGAACGCAGCUCUGAUUUAAAGUGUGAGCAUGGGUUAUCAGAUGGUGAAAACAAUUUUUCAAAAUUUGAAUUGUCUCCCGAAACAAGUCCAAUUUGCACGCUGGUAUAAAGACUGGAAAACCAACAAAAUUGCCAAGACAGCUUCGUAAAUUGACGGGUGUAAUUGUCAAUAAAUGCUAAAGUUUCGGACCAAAAGUAGGUAGAAAGUAUUUGAUUGAAGAGCAUUUGUUAAAAAGCAUUGCUAGUUCUAUAAA